AUGGCAAAGGCAAGAGUUGUACCGCUAAAACCAGUGACCAUCCCUCGGCUAGAGCUCCAAGCUGCCGUUGUGUCGAUCAGAAUCAGCGACCUUUUGAAUAGAGAGCUUGACAUCCCGAAUAUCACGAAUGUAUACUGGACAGACUCCAAGGUAGUUCUUGGUUAUUUACAGGACGAAGCACGCAAAUUUCACAUUUACGUCGCUAACAGAGUGCAAAGGAUCAAAGAAUCAUCAGACUCAAGCCAGUGGAACUACGUUCGAACAGAAGAGAAUCCAGCCGAUUUCACAUCAAGAGGUCUUGCAGCACAAGAACUUCAGAUCACCAACUGGUUCAGAGGUCCGACAUUCCUCUUGGAAAAGGAGAUCCCCAACACUGCAGAUGUCACAGCACCAAUAACUCUGUCACCUUCUGACCCCGAAGUCAAAAGGGUCAAGACUCUACAGACGAAGAGCCAAGCAGUGACCUCACUCCUAGACAGAUUCGGCAAAUUCUCCAGUUGGUCUAAACUGCUAGCAGCUAUUGAGGCACUCCAAGCCAAGUGCAUAAGGAAACUGGGUGAACCCUCAUUAUCACUGCAGGAGUCCAGGAGCAGGGCCGAAAGGCUGGUCGUUAGAAAUAUGCAAUGCCAGUACUUUGAAGAUGAGAUUAAGGAUCUGAAGGGGAAAAGGUAA